AUGUUACGUUUUAGACAUCAGCCAGAUGAUUCUCCAGUUUACAGAGCAGAACCAACGGAAAGGGUUUUGAUUUGGAAUUUAAGUUACCUUGUAAGUGAGAAGGAGUUAUAUACGUAUCUAAAAGAUUUUGGUGUAACAUGGGUAAUUAUUCCUGUUCAAUCAUUAUAUGGAUUUCGGAAGAAUCGCCCAUAUCCAUUAGGUAUAGCUUAUGCUGAAUUUGAGACUAAAGAAAAAGCGACUUAUGUGAUUGAUCAUCUGUUUAACCAGAUCUAUAAAGGGAGACCUUUAAAAGUAAGAUAUCACCAACCUUAUGUGCCAAGACAAAAAGGUAAAAAGAAUUUAAAACACGGUCCUUCCAUCGGGAGAGAGAUAGAAUUAGAUUCAACAGAGUCUAAUUUAGUUCAACCAGUCUCUAUUAUUGAUGAUGAUGAUGACUCUCAACCUGUUGAGUUGACUGAGGAAGAAAUGGUUGCACCUGCUAUGGCUCCUAAUAAAUUGUAUGUAAAAAGAAAAGCUGUCUCUACUGAGACAGUGUAUUGUAAAAUAUUACCAGAAGGUACUACAGAUUUACACUUAAGACAACAUUUCAAAGCAUUCCGUCCAAAGGAAAUUUGGAUUUUUAAGUCGUCGCCAACCAGAAGUAAAAUGUGUUUUGGUUCCAAAAGACAAGCAUUUACAUCAGCUUUGAUUACUUUAGAGACUGGUGAAUCGUUAAAGAAAGUAGCUAAGAUUAUGUCGAAGAAAAAGUUACUCGACAAUAAAGUUAUUGUAAGACCAGCUUAUCUUACAAAAAUCGAAGAAGUGAAAAGGAUUGCUGAGCAAGAAGAGCUUGAUAGCGCCAUUGAAAACAUUCAACAGAGACAAAUGCCCCCUAGUACUGACUCAAUGUCGGCAAACAUGCAAACACCUAUUGCACAGGCAGGUGUUCCUGUCAUUUCGGAUGAAGUGAUUGUUGAUUAUGAACCUAGAAUAAGCAUUGUUCCUGUUGUUCCUGUUGAAGGGCUAUCAACAUCUGUAUCAACUGCCUGA